AUGAUGCUGGCUCUUAGGCGAGCUUGUAUUUUCAGGGCUCUGGUCUUCAUGGCCUUCCUGCCCCCACCGCAAUGCACCCAGGACCCGGCCAUGGUGCACUAUAUUUAUCAGCGCUUUCAAGUCUUGGAGCAAGGACUGCAGAAAUGUACCCAAGCAACAAGAGCAUACAUUCAAGAUUUCCAAGAGUUCUCAAAAAACAUAUCCACUAUGCUGGGACGAUGUCACACCUACACAAGUGAGUAUAAGAGUGCAGUGCACAACCUGGCACUGAGAGUGGAGCGUGCCCAGCGGGAGAUCGACUACCUGGAGUACCUGCGGGAAGCUGACCUGUGUGUGGAGUCAGAGGACAAGAUGCUGGCAGAAAAGCUAGUCCAAGAAGCCGAGGAAGAGGAGAGGAUCCGGACGCUACUAAAUGCAAGCUGUGACAAUAUGCUGAUGGGCAUAAAGUCUCUGAAAAUAGUGAAGAAGACGAUGGACACAGAUGGCUCUUGGAUGAAAGAUGCUGUCAGUGACUCUCCAAAGGUUUAUGUCUUCAUUGGGUCCAGAAACAACACUGUCUGGGAAUUUGCCAAUAUACGGGCCUUCAUGGAAGAUAGCACCAAGCCAGCCCCCCGGAAGCUGAUUCUAACACAUUCCUGGCAGGGAACAGGCCAAGUGAUCUACAAAGGUUUCCUGUUUUUUCAUAGCCAAGGGACUCUCAAUGAGAUCAUCAAAUAUAAUCUGCAGAAGAGGAUUGUAGAAGACCGGAUGCUUCUCUUUGGAGGAGCAGGCAGAGCCCUGGCCUACCAGCACUCCCCUUCCACUUACAUUGACCUGGCUGUGGAUGAGCACGGGCUCUGGGCCAUCCACUCAGGACCAGGCAUCCACAGCCAUUUGGUUCUCACGAAAAUUGAGCCUGACACGCUGGGAGUAGAACACUCAUGGGACACUCCGUGCAGAAGCCAGGAUGCUGAAGCCUCAUUCCUCUUGUGUGGGGUCCUCUACGUGGUCUACAGUUCUGGAGGCCAGGGCGCACAUCGCAUCACCUGUGCCUAUGAUCCUCUCGGCACCAUCAUUGAAGAGAAUCUGCCCAACUUGUUCUUCCCCAGGCGGCCGAGAAGUCACUCCAUGAUCCAUUACAACCCCAGAGAUAAGCAGCUCUAUGCCUGGAAUGAUGGAAAUCAGAUCAUUUACAAACUCCAGACCAAGAGAAAGCAGCCUCUCCAGUGA